AUUCACAAACUGCAAUGAUCACAGUACAGAUGCUUCUUUAUAUCUUCAAAAUCAAAGAAGCUACAUGGGCAAUGCAUGUUUUGAACGUGGGAAAUGUUUUACAGCAAAAUCAGAUCUUUUUAGUCAUCAGAAAAAUCAUACAGAAGAAGAAGCAUUUUCAUGUUCUGACUGUGGGAAAUCUUUUACUCUGAAAGAAACUCUUACUAGGCAUCAGAAAAUUCACACAAGAGAUAAGGCAUUUUCAUGUUCUGACUGUGGGAAAUGUUUUACUCAGAAAUCACAUCUUUCUAGACAUUUGAACAUUCAUACUGGAGAAUAUUCAUUUUCCUGUUCUAUAUGUGGGAAAUGUUUUAACCAUAAAGGAAAUCUUGUUAUUCAUCAGAAAAUUCAUACAGCAGAAAGGAAAUUUUCAUGUUCUGUAUGUGAUAAAUGUUUUAUCUUUAAAUCACAUCUUAUGAUCCAUCAGAAAAUUCAUACAGGGGAGAAAAGCUUUUCAUGUUCUUACUGUGGGAAAUGUUUUACUCGGAAAUCAACUCUUAUUAAACAUCAGCAAACUCAUACAGAAGAAAAAGCAUUUUCAUGUUCUGACUGUGGGAAAUCUUUUAGUCAGAAAUCACAUCUUAUUGUCCAUCAGAAAUUUCAUACAGGAGAAAAACCAUUUUCAUGUGUUGACUGUGGGAAAUGUUUUACUCACAGAUCAUAUCUUAUUGUCCAUCAGAAAUUUCAUACAGGGGAGAAAGCAUUUUCAUGUUCUGACUGUGGGAAAUCUUUUACUCUGAAAAAUACUCUUAUUAGGCAUCAGAAAACUCAUACAGGAGACAAGGCAUUUUCUUGUUCUGACUGUGGGAAAUGUUUUAGUCAGAAAUCGCAACUUUCUAGACAUCUGAGCAUUCAUACAGGAGAAUAUCCAUUUUCCUGUUCUAUAUGUGGGAAAUGUUUUAACCGUAAAGGAAAUCUUGUUACGCAUCUGAAAAUUCAUACAGGAGAAAAGAGAUUUUCAUGUUCUGUAUGUGAGAAAUGUUUUACAUUGAAAAAAACUCUUAUGAUCCAUCAGAAAAUACAUACAGGCGAGAAAGCCUUUUCAUGUUCUGUAUGUGGGAAAUGUUUUACUCAAAAAUCAACUCUUAUUGAACAUCAGCAAACUCAUACAGGAGAGAAAGCAUUUUCAUGUUCUGACUGUGGAAAAUGUUUUACUCGGAAAUCAUAUCUUAUUGUCCAUCAGAAAUUUCAUACAGGGGAGAAAGCAUUUUCAUGCUCUGACUGUGGGAAAUCUUUUACUCUGAAAAAUACUCUUAUUAGGCAUCAGAAAAUUCAUACAGGAGACAAGUCCUUUUCAUGUUCUGACUGUGGGAAAUGUUUUACUCAGAAAUCGCAACUUUCUAGACAUCUGAGCAUUCAUACUGGAGAAUAUCCAUAUUCCUGUUCUGUAUGUGGGAAAUGUUUUAGCUAUAAAGGAAAUCUUGUUACUCAUCAGAAAAUUCAUACAGCAGAAAGGAGAUUUUCAUGUUCUGUAUGUGAGAAAUGUUUUAUCUUUAAAUCACAGCUUAUGAUCCAUCAGAAAACUCAUACAGGGGAGAAAAGCUUUUCAUGUUCUGACUGUGGGAAAUCUUUCAGUCAGAAAUCAUAUCUUAUUAUCCAUCAGAAAUUUCAUACAGGCGAGAAAGCAUUUUCAUGUUAUGACUGUGGGAAAUCCUUUACUCUGAAAGCAACUCUUACUAGGCAUCAGAAAACUCAUACAAGGGAGAAAGAAUUUUCAUGUUCUAAAUGUGGGAAAUGUUUUAAAAGAUAUUCAACUCUUAUUAGGCAUCAGAAAAUUCAUAUUAAAGAAAAUCAAGGAAUCAGAGCUUAACCUUCUAAGUGCAGAGUGUGACACAUAAUUGUCACCCACACAAUACCUAGUGCUGAUGAUGACUGCAUGUGAUCCCCUGGGCCAUGUGGUUUAUGAGCUGUUUGAGGCCCCUUCUGCACCUUAAGCAUUUUCAAAGUAGUGCAAUAUAUUCUUCAUCCUGGGGGCAUCCAGGAUCCUUAUUUAGGUUAGAAUAGCCAGGAGAUCACCUAGAGCCCCUUUAUACAGUUUGAAGUUAUACAUAUAACUAAAAGCCCUUAUUUAUAUGAUGACAUUUAGAUAUUGUUGAUGGCAUUAUAGUCUGCUAAUCACUGA